CGGCUCCAAGCCCCUCGCUAUUAAGUCUUAACACCGGUUUUCAAGUUAAAUGCGAAGCUCAAAUCAUGAUGAAAUAUAAGAGAGACUACAUCCCAUGUAAUUGAACUUGAACCGUCAUGGCUGCUCCAGAAUAUAAGGAAAAGGACGACUUGUCAGAGAAGACAGCUUUCUUGGAUAAUUCCCAGUACAAGCAUGCGCUUUAUGCCAAGCUUGGACACGCACAUGUCCUGACUGAAGAUGCGUUGCCGGAUGUCGAGUAUCUUUAUGAACAAGCCACCGAAAUGUCGACCGACGACGGUCUCAGGAUUCUGACCAAUGUCCUCGACGACCAUGAAGGUGAUCCUAACUUUCCUGAAGAAGACUAUAAAGAGAUUGAAAAACUUGUCAAGGGCUACGACGAAUCUCUAGGAAUGUCCUAUCAAGACUGGGACUUCCAAGUGCGGUUGCAUGCCACCUUGAAUGAGCACCAUUCUCCUUAUCCCGAAGUUCGUGCUGUCACGUCUCCAAGAGAUGACCCAGAAAUACCUUGUGAGACCAUUCGUGCCUAUUUUCUGGGCUUUCUGUGGUGUAUCGUGGGUACCGGUGUGAACGAGAUCUUUUCUCGGAGACAGCCAUCGCUCUAUAUCUCAUCAUCUGUGUGUCAAAUGCUCAUGUAUCCUAGCGGGCUUGUGUUGCAGAGAAUCUUGCCAGACUGGGGGGUUACAAUUUUUGGUACUAGACACUCACUUAACCCUGGACCUUGGACUUAUAAGGAACAGAUGUUCGCUACGGUGAUGUUUGAUAUUGCGAUUGGCGGUAUGUAUGUUGGUGCCAACUUUUAUGUCGAAAAGCUUGACAUAUUUUAUGGCAAUAAGUGGAUCACUAUCGGUUACCAAAUUCUGAUCUCUCUUGCUACCCAGCUAUUUGGUUUCGGCUUUGCAGGAGUUUUGAGAAAAAUAGUGAUUUACCCAGUCAGAGCGGUCUGGCCCACUAUUUUGCCCACUCUCGCAUUGAAUCAGGCUUUGCUGAAGAAAGACAAGAAGGAAAAAGUCAACGGUUGGGUCAUCACUCGUUACAAAUUCUUUUUCAUUGUCUUUAUUUGUUCCUUCCUUUACAUGUGGGUUCCAGAUUACCUAUUCCAAGCCCUUUCCUACUUCAACUGGAUGACUUGGAUCAAGCCAGACAACUUCAACCUUGCUGUCGUCACCGGUUCGAUGCUGGGGCUUGGACUGAACCCAAUUGCGUCCUUCGAUUGGAAUAUUGUGGGCUACUGGCUGCCACUCGCUUUCCCUUUUUACACCUACAUGAACAUGAUGAUUGGCAUGUUUAUUGGCUUCUUCGUUAUUUUGGGACUCUACUACAGUAACUACAAGUGGACUGCUUACUUGCCAAUCAACGAUAACAACAUUUACACAAAUACUGGAGAACUCUAUGAUGUUGAUAGUGUUCUCACAGAUGGAAGGCUCGACGAAUCGAAAUACAAAUCGUAUGGUCCACCGUAUCUCUCUGCUGGAAUGCUGGUUAAUUGGGGAGCUAACUGUGCACUGUAUACAUUUCUGAUCCCAUAUGUUUUGAUUUCUGAGAGCAAGACAUUGAUCAAAUCGUCGAAGGCUAUUUGGAACGACAUCAAAACAAACACAAACACUGUCCUCAAAGACCCACAUUCUAGAAUGAUGGCCAAGUACAAAGAAGUGCCACAAUGGGUUUUCAUUGCUGUCAUGAUUAUGGCAUUGGUGUUUGCGAUUGUCUGUGUCAAAGUUUAUCCUGCCAACACCCCUGUUUGGGGAAUCUUCCUUGUCUUGGCUAUCAAUUUGGUCUUUGUGGUUCCUUUAAACGUUAUCUACGCAGUCACGGGUUAUUAUUUCACCUUGCAAGUUUUCGUUGAGCUUAUCGUGGGAUACGCUAUUCCCGGGAACGGCGAUGCCUUAAUGUUUUUACAGGCUUUGGGAUUCAACAUUACGGGUCAGGCACAGCAGUAUCUUUACGAUCAAAAAAUUGCGCACUAUGCCAAAGUUCCGCCAAGAGCAGUUUUCCGUGGCCAAUUCAUGGGUACUAUUUUCCAAAUCAUUAUAUCGUUGGUGGUCAUUAAUUGGGAGAUUAACCACGUCAAAGACAUCUGUUCUCCAGACCAGUCGAACAACUUUACUUGUCCAAGUGAAACGUCUUAUUAUGCCUCUUCCGUGUUCUGGGGUGUGAUCGGACCAAAGAGAGUGUUCAAUAAAAUGUAUCCUGUGCUUCCAUGGUGCUUCCUAAUCGGGUUUUUAUUAGCUCUUGUCUGCCUAGCUAUCAGGAAAUACUGCCGCAGACAAACUAAGUGGUUUGAGCCAGCUGUUAUCAUUGGAGGUUUCCUCAAUUAUGCUCCAUUUAACUUGAGCUAUUUCCUUCCUGGCUUGUACGUGUCUUUUGCAUUCAACCACUAUAUCAAAAAACGUUAUUCUGGCUGGUGGGAAAAGUAUAACUAUAUUCUAGCUUCUGCGCUGGAUGCUGGUGUUGCCUUUGGAGGCAUCAUAAUUUUUUUCGCUGUUCAGUAUCACGAAAAGGACAUUAACUGGUGGGGAAAUUUGGUUUCCUACUCUGGAACAGACGCGAGUAUGGGACAAACAUCCUUGAAAGACCCUUCUACUGCUCCUGAUGGGUACUUCGGUCUACGUGAACAAGACUUCUAGCAGAAAUUAAAUUAAUGUGGAUAUUAGAAAGUUUUAUAUCUAAACUUCAGUUUCCUUUGCGGCAGUUGCUUCUUUCUCUUUCUUCUCGGUAGCGAAUCCAUAUUUAGACUUUUCUCUAAGAGGAGGACCCCACUUGGUGAACAACCAUGGAACUGGGGCCAAGGCAAGCGCGAUGAAUGCAAAAACAGAGACACCCCAGUAAAUGUGCAAGUUUUCCAUCAUCUGGACAGUGAACAAUGGGAAAACCGAUGACACGAUAUAUCUCAGGAAAUUGUUGGCAGCCAAGGCCGAUGCGACAGAAAGUGGAGGGUAUGACAUGCUGAAAUAGGUCAGGAUCGAGAAAAAAAUUAAAAUCAGGGAAAAUCCAAAUGGCACACCGGCAGCAAUUGGAGCCAUCCAGUGAACAGAGUGCCUUCCCGUCCAUGCGAGCCAGAACAAAGCUGGAGGCAUUGACACUGCUCCCAAUUUACAUGGCAGAAGUCUAGAUUCUGGCGAUGGUGGCAGAUUGUUGCCGUUUUUGUCUCUGAGGCCGAUGUAACCAUCUGGGUAACGUCUGAAGAAAAUCCUUUUGUCAAUGUAAACAUAAGUGGCGGCACCAAUAAGAAUGCCAAGACCAACCCCUAAGAAUGGGAGACCAGAUAUUCCAAGCGACAUGCCGUACUGUCCUCUGAAAAUGACUGGGAAAGCUUCGAAGAAGCCGAAAAGCACAGCGAAAAUGAAAGCAGUGUAGACGGAAAACACCAGCACAAUUGGCUCCACUAUCAGCAUUUCCAUUGGUUUCAGCAAUGUGAUGAAAAUUAAGAUCAGGAGGAAUUGGGCAAGCGGCAUUGUCUUCUUGAGCUUGAGGUUUCUCUUCUUAAUUCUCCUUCUCAUGAUGAUAGGCCUAUAUGUUUCUGGAGCCAGGAAGAGGGGAAUGAAAACUGCAGCAGCGAAAAACAGAUCGACCCACAUUGUCCAUCUGAGGCCACCAAUCUUGUUCAUAGCAGUAGAAACUUUGUUCUCAGCAACAAAGCCACCAAUAAUAGGACCGACCACUGGACCGCACAAUGGAGCCAUACAGAACAAUGUCAUAGCAAUUCCAAGUUCGUGGGGUUUCCAAAUAUCUGUGACGGUACCUCCACCAAUUGCGAGAGCAGCAGAGGCAGUGAAACCAGCGAAGAACCGGAGAACCAAAACCUGGCCAAUGUUUUUGGAAAGACCGACACCCAUGAUGAAAAGCAUGCUGAUUGGAAGAGUAGAACAGUAAAUGAUCUUACGACCAAACACCUCGGACAAUGGCGCGGCUAUAGCUGGACCAAAGGCCAAGCCGACCAAAUAAAACGUCAAACCGGCGAGACCCAGCGUUUGAGAAAUGCCCCAUUUGGCCAUCAUUUCUGGCACAGCGUCCACAUAGAUGGAGGAUCCAAGUGUGAUCACAAGACACAAAAACGCGAUGGUCAUAGUGACUGCCCAUUUUUUCCAGCUUGGCCAGUUGAAAGGAUUUUCUGGAUCAUCAGGCCCAUCCCAAGACAUGGUACGAGGAUCGUAGCCUUCGUCCUCUUCAGUGCUUUUUUCUGCGCUAGUAGAUUCUUCUUGAUUGCGGUGUAACACUCUGCUCGAAAAACGUGACAAGUUCGUGGCCACCCUGCUUAUCUGUCUGUCCAAUUCAGCUUCAUAGUCAUCAUUGAAUUCUUCUUUAUGGAGAGUGUUUUGCUGUGAGGCUGUGUCGUUUACAUACUGAUCCACUUCCUCUUGAGAUGGAUCCUCUUGUUCUGCAGUGGUAUUUGAAAUUGCAGGAUCUUCGGCAUCGUAAUUCGCAGAAUAUCUUUGGCUCUCGUUCAAAGAUUCAGCCGCAGACUCAUAUCUAUCCUCAGUGAGGCCAGAUGCCAGUGAUUGUGAAGACGCCAUCUUUUAACUUGAAGAUCACGAUUAAUCAGAGAACCGUUGAUAUGAGUUUUUCCUUCU